AGAAUGUUUACAUUGACUGGAGACGUUAGAAGUGCCCAGUGACUUGUUUCUUGAUCAGCUCUACACGGGUUUUUUUAUCAGCUCUACACAUUAUGGAAAAAAUAAUUACUUUGAUAACUUUUGUAACUUUUUUAAUGAAUGAUGUCGUCUGUCAAAUAAAAUUCAAUGUUGGUUUUAACGAAAAAGUUUCGGAGGAUUUUAAUUUCCUCAUUACAACGGAUCAUUCGUUACAGCAGUGCGUCGAACAGUGCGCAGAGAGGGGCAACUGUGAGGCCGUGCGUUACAGGCGAUUUUUGCACAUGUGUGACCUAUAUACGGAUUCUUUGACAACGUCUGUGCAACGAGACUUUCUUACCAUCAGUCGAAGUGACAUGCUGAUACCAGAUACGUUCAAAGUGUGUGGCGUUAACGGCGUUACCUGCCCUAAGAAAGAAUGCAGUCCCUUUACAAGCCUAGCUUAUGGAAAAAUCCUUGGUAACAUGAACCAGAUUGGCUCUAAGAAGGCGAUUCUCUGUGAUCAAGGCUUUGAAGAAGUAAAUAACGUGACAACCAUGGUGUGUCAGAACGAUGGAAAUUGGGACUACACACCAACUUGUCAAGAUAUUAACGAGUGUGAGAUCCCAAAUAGCUGCGCAGCUAAUGCAGAUUGUUGUAAUACUUUUGGAAGUUACAACUGCAUACAGUUUACGGCCGAACAAGCAGAUUUAGCCGCAAGGACCCAGAUGUUUACUACGAGUGUAACCCAUGCUAACGCAGUAGCGGCAUGUGCGUCCAUUGGAGCCCAAUUAGUGAAAAUAGACGAACUAUGGAAGAUGAAUUAUAUUGUUAAUCUCAUCAGUGGUUGCCCAGCAUACACUGGCGGCCAGUACUGGAUAGAUGGAUCGAACAUAGGAGCCGCCGAUUAUCACGCCAGCGACGCAUGGAGGUUUUCUGACAACACGGUAAUGCCUAUGGACAACAAUUUUUGGUCGCAAAAUAUGCCAGACAACGCUGGGAGCCAUCACUGCGUCCGAAUUAAAAACCUUAAAUUUAAUGAUUACUCUUGCUUUGUUAAUUACCGGUAUAUAUGUGAACAAUGAUGUCGAUGGUCUACAAAAAUGAAAGUUCCGUUUUUGGGUCUCCCAAUUUUUCAUUUUUAUUAUUCCGCUGAUCCUAGACUUUUAAAUUGACUUUUGAAUACUAAUGAAUGACUUGUAUUAAAUAAGUAUAGUUGUAAGUAUUUCUUGAAAAACAUAACAUGGUUAAUAUUACAAACACAAAUAUUAGCUGGAAAGUUUAUAGUUCUUUCAAUUGAAAAACCAACAGAUAUUUUUUUCUAGUUAUGCUUGUUGAUAAAAUUGUAAGAUACAAAAAUUGUACAUACAUGUAAAUAUUGUUAUAUGUAUUUAGCACUCAACAGUGUGUCUGCUUAAAAUGGAAGUCUUUAUUACUUCCGAAAUAAAAGUACAAUGUACUGGUACUACAGUAUUUAUAUUGAACCGUUAGUAUACCACGUGGACUGGAGCAUGUCUGAUGAACAAAUACAGAUUUUUACUUAGCAAUUACGUAAAUGUCAAAUCAAUAAAGAAACUCCUUUUUUGUAGUUUUUGUUUUUGCUAUUUUUAAAUGCACGAAAACUCAAUCUUUAAGUAUGAAAAACACUUUUACAUAAAAUCUACGAACGCAAGGCGAAGAAUGAUAAAACCACAGAAGCACGCACUGUUGUUUCAUGGAAUAAAAUGGCUCAGGGCGCCAUAUCGGAACACGGUGCCGAUUAUUCAUAUUCAUCACGGAGACAAUGCGGAUUGAAAAUACUCCAACACGUAAGCAAAAACAGAUGUAUAAUAAUGAAUAGCGAAUGCAUUUGUCUUGGCAUCGGUAAUAUUACAUUACAAUUAAUUUGAAACUUGCAGUUCUUUGUGCAAGUAUACAUAAAAGGGUGUAUUAAUUAACCCUCUAUUGUAUCAUAGUUUGGAGGCCUUUCUGUUGAAAAUGUGUCAGGGUUAAAUCGUAUACAUAUACAUGCACAGUGCGUUAACUGGAGUGCGGGUAUUAGUUACCCGCACUCCAGAGCAUGCCCAUUGAUUGGCUCAUUUUUGCUGGGGUUUACAUAUUGUGACGGCAGUGAAAGUGAAAUCGACAGAAAUGUCAUAUUUAGAUACUCGUUCAAUGGUUCAUUUUUGCCGGGGUUUCAUAUUGUAACAACAGGGAACGUGUUUUUAUGUUUGACUAUGAUACAAAAGAGAAAGAACACCAAAACACUCGGUAAUCUGAUUAAUACUCGGGGGCUACGCCCCCUCGUACAAAUCAGAUAGCCUCGUGUUUCGGUGCUCUUUCUAUUACUUAUAUUUUAUGCCUUUGUGUGCAUAAUUGAUUUAUCCAUAUAAAAUAUAUGAUAACUUCAUGAUUGAAGUGAUUUUUUCAAGAUGUGUUACUAUUCAUUUAAUUUUUUGCUUGAACAUUAAAUAUAAAUGAAUCUAUCAAAUAUUAAAGACAUAUGUCAAUAAAUGAAGAGUG